CGUUCUCCCUGGUAGAGUUCAUUUGCGACUGGCCUGAUGGUGUCGGAGUACUCCGCGCUGGAGAUGGAGGAACGCGAGCCAUUGCAGCUGCAGAAGUGGGAACUCAUCGAGCCAGACAGAAGUACUGAGGAGAGCAUUCAUGCGAUGACAAUCGAGAGUUCGACGAGUUACGAGUGGCUGCCGCAACGCUUGAGGGACUUGAGAGAUCAUACUUGCCCAAGUCUAUGUGGUAUCAGGUUGGGGGUGCCGCAGCAAGUCAUUGAUCGAAUCAGCGGGCAAAAGGACCAGGGGCCCUUCUUCAAAUUAAAGGACCGUGCACUCUGCAGCAUGAAAAAGGAUCGGGCAUAAAGGGAAUCCGGGAAACCCAUAUAGAGUUUCGAACAAAUUUGCUCGAGUGUAUUUGUUCGCUGCAGGAAAAACGCAAAAACUAUGACGAACAGGUUGGUAUUUGUGCAGACCUUGCGAGAACUAUUGCAGAGAAGGAAGCCGAGCAACAUGAUUUGAUGAUGCGCAACAUACAGACGAACAGUCAUAGACAUAGCGCGUACAGGCAAACUUGGUUGGAUCUCACCGAGAGGAAAGCUGAAUUGAAAGAUGCAGAUUCUAAGCUUUAUACUCUUCGUCACGAGAUUCAGAUGUGGAAUGAGUCAUUGAAAAUGUCGAAAAACCUUGACGAGACCUACAUUGGGCAAUAUCUGCUGACGCUCUUUGAUGUGGCAGGGCCACCUGUUCUGUUGUUGAUGGGGGCGAGCCUUCUACACGUCGUGGCCCUCUCACUGCCGUGGAUUGCUUACCAAUUCACUUUUUGUACGGACCAUAGUGCGGACAUGGAGUACAACUAUUUCUUAUGGGUGCCUUUUCUGGUGUGGACCACAUUGACCACCUUCAUCGAGUGGAGAUGUUUUUCUUAUAUUGUUGUCCCUAUGCUCGCGUGGACCAAGACCUACUAUGUUGUCAGUUGGCCACUGUCAUUUCGCCUUUGGCUGCCGUGCAUGUUGCUCGCUGGCUUCAUCUAUCGGAUGGAUGUUUGGGCACAAGGCUUGGCGCUGGCGAAAGCUUGGCGUUCUCAUGAUUACCUAGGCCAUGAAGAACUGGAGGAUGCUUGGGCAAAAGCUUGGAACGCGUCAGUCUUUUCUUGGUUCCAGCCAGGUGCGCAAUUGAGGCUUACUGCCGGCCUCGCUUGGGCUUGCCUUGCUCUACAGUGGUUCAUCUACUUUUUGAGGGUUAUUCCUUUCUCACCUACACCCAUCAAUGUGUCCUACGCAUGUGGCGCCGAACGAAAAGGCUAUGUUGUCCCAUUUUGUUGUGCGCACAUUUGGCAUGCUGACGCCUUGAAGACGCUGGCAAGCCUUACCCUUAUGCCUAUGGUCUUGGCGAACCAGCGGAGAUACAGUGUCCAGCGUGCCCAGUGGAAGCUGGUCGCUGGAGAGGGCCUGAAUCGUGACUUCUUUCACAUUCUCAAGAUGGACGUCCGCAUAAUGACUUGGGACAUUUUGUUCCGCAACCUGCUGAUAACUUGCGCGAAGCUGCAGGUUCAAACGAGUCUCCUCGCGCUACAGUUCCACAUGCAGCAGAAACAUGCAGAGAGCACGGGCGAGGUCUCUCAGAUGAGUUUGUUUUCAGAGCACUGGAACGCUUGCAUCUCCAUAGCCAUCGCCCACAUGAGUUCAGCGAUGGCCUUCAUCAGUGCUAUCAAUGACUUCGUGGACCUCCGAAGAGUGCGCAGCAAAGAGCGCAAGGACCGUGGGAAGAAAAUGGAUGCAGACGCAUGGAAUGAGUACAAGAAGCUUGCAUUUUGGGAGAGAUUGGGGUGGUCAGUCUUGGCUUUGCAGUUUAUUUUGCAGAGUCUUGCUUUGGCGAAAUUGUGGAUGGCUUUUCACUGCAAGCAUGCGUUGUGGAACUUCUCCGCAGCUAUGCAGUCUUGGAAUAUGGUGGAUGGCUGUGUACCCUUCUGAGGUACGGCUGAUGCAAGCGCCUUUUUGACAGAACUCUAAGAGUGAACUGGUGGUGCACUGUGACAGGUGAGCUCCUGUGGCCAAGUCCAAGAUCUGUUGGCUUGCCGCAUGGUGGUGCUUUCUUUUUUGGACUGCUAGAUGUUAGCAACCAAGGUCAUUUUCUAAGAAUAUCAUAUUUCGGAUUCCACAUUUUGUAGCUUUGUUCAUGAGCAGAUCUGGAAGCUUUCGGAUCGUGGAUUUGUAGGAAAGAUCACAGGAUUGCUCCGAAUCCUGACCGCCCCAUACUCAUAGGAGCUGAGGUUGGGUCGGCCUGUUUUGCUUCAUCGAAGUGUGGAAUCGGCGAAAUCUUUCGUGUCAAGUCCCUAGACCUGCCAGGACUUGAUCCUUUUAUAGACCGAAAUCGCUGUCAAGGGGAGUUGUCAUGGUUGAGGAACUAAGUAACUAAGUGGCCAGAGUGGGCGAAACUAAGUGGAUGGAGAACGGUUCCUUUUGGCCUUGCUCCAAGUUUAUACUGCAAGCCAUUUGUUCUCGUAAUUCCGAGGGUGCAAGUUCGCAACGAAGUGGUUCUUUGGAUUUGUAUUUUUGGCCAGAUGCCUUUAACUCCCCUCUGGCAGCCACGAAGAUUCAUCCGGCUAAGCCGGCCUUUCUGGAUUCGCAUGUGCGCUUUUCAGUCGACGCGCGGUACGUUCUGGGGCUGCACAAACUACAUUGAUCAUUGAUCAUCAUUGAUCUACUGAAGCUGAUGAUGUCAAGUCCUCAAAGGGUUGUUUCUGAUGAUCUUAACAAAACUGCGAUAGGUCUUACUGGCGCCCUCAACCCAUUUCAUGCAUUUUCACAGGUUCCCCCUCCUAAACUUGCAAGCCCUAUCAAGAUUUUGACGGAGACCCGCAACGGAAGUUGUACACACACAGAUAUGUAAU